GUCAGACAGGCCCAAACCAAUAGUUAGAGGGGCCCACCUCCUGGGGCUGUAACCAGUGUCGUCUCCUCACUCACACAGGCUGGUGCUGCCUGACUGUGCAUCCAGCACAGAGCGCUGGGUGUUACAGAGAGCUGCAGCUUCAGCCAGCUCUCCUGCCUCGUACACCUCACACAGGGCUCCAGCGAAGGGUUAAGCAGAGAAGGCAUCGUGCAGUUGCCAGAGGAUGGUCACACCUCUACAUCUGAACAGCCUCAUGUUCCUGCGGUAGAGGAGAACGACCACUGCCCCUCGAGACUUCAGCGAGCAUCUCAGACCCCCUUGAACCAGCCACAGGACAAAGACAUCAGCCCAUGUACCGAGAUUCACAAGGAGCUGCUUCAUGAGGAGUUAAAACAAUUUCUACAGAUUAAGAAGAAUCGUCGCGUCGAUUUAUUGUCCGAAGCUGACAUGGAGACCACGGGCCAGAGCCAGGUCACCAAGGAGCUCAAGAUGUCAGAGAUGGUGGAGUUGGUUGUGGAGACGGAGGCUGAGGUUGGAGCAACUGGAUUCAGCGUGACUGGUGGGGGAAAGGAAGGCAUCUUUGUCAAGGAGGUUCUGAAGGAUUCCCGGGCUGCAAAGGCACUGAACCUGAAGGAGGGAGAUCAGCUCCUGUGUGCCAAGGUCUACUUCGACAAUGCCAGGUAUGAGGAUGUGGUGAAGAUCCUGCAGAGUGCUGAACCAUAUAAAGUUGCCUUCUGUCUCAAGCGGACUGUGCCCAGUGCUGACGUGGCCAUUUCAUCAGAGACUGGGAGCCUUGAACUGAGAGGACCAGAAGCCAAAAAGACAAAGCUGAGUGUCAAGAGCAUCUCGCCCGUCAAGAAGACCAAGCAGCUGAUGAAGGGAAAGACCCUGAAUAAGGAGGAGGCAGCUGUAGAGCUAGACGUGCCAGUGGACGUGGAAUUUGCUUUUCCCAAAUUCUCCAGGUUUAAAAGACUGAGCAUCACCUCUCCCAAAGAUGCGGCGGCUUUGAAAGGUGAAGGCACGUUUAGACAUCCUGAAGCCGAAGCCGAACUCUCCUUGGGUGAGGGACAAACCAAGGGCAAGAAGAAAAGGCUCAAAUUCCCAGGAUUCCGCACAAGCGACCCUGGAAAGGUCAAGGUGGAGGUCGGCAUGGAACCCACAGAGAAAGUCGCAGUCUCAGUGAAGGACGUGGAGGGGAAGACAAAAUUUAAGAUGCCUUCGUUUGACCUCACCAAAAAGGGAAAAGCUGAAGCUCCAAGUCCAAAAGGUAAAGAGGAGCUGAAGGAUUCCGUGAAAGCGGGAGUGUCGACUGAUGGAGAAGCGCCUGAGGGCAAGUUAAAGCUCGGGCUCCCAAUGCAAGCGCCAAAGGUCGAAAUAGACAUUGGAUUAUCGAAGGCUGAAGUUGAUGUCAAAAGCCCAUCAGCUGAAGGAGAAGUCAAGGCAAAAGGACCCAGCUUUAAGGUAAAAAUGCCCUCAUUUGAACUAAAGGGUUCAGAGGGAACGGAUGCAAAAGGCAAGGAAGCAGGGGAUCAGGUGGAAGGGGCAGAGGCCAAGCUGAAAAUGCCUGCUAUUGACAUUUCUGUACCGAAAAUAAAGCAGAGUGAAGAAGAUGUGACCAUGUCAGGGGUAGAGAUUGCUGUGGGCAGCUAUAAGGCAUUAGGUCUGGAAGGAAAGAUGAAAGAACUUGCACAGAAGGUCACGACAAUUGACAUUUCAGCCCCCAAGGUGCCAGAUGUUGACAUCUGUCUCCCAAGGGCUGCAGCAGACCUCCCUGUGGUGGGGGCUGGGACUGGGAAGGUCGAUGUCCAGACGUCUAAGAUCACCAUCGAAGGACCGGAAACAAGACUGAAAAUGCCCAAGGUAUCGCUGCCGGAGUUUGGCAUCUCUGCCAAGGGUAAAGAGGGCGCGGUAGAGGCAGUGCCCGCAGCUCCAGAUGUUUCGGGCCCUGUGUUAAAGAUGCCAAAAGUUGAAGUGUCCGUGCCCAAAGUGAAAUUAGAUGAAGCCAGGGCUGAUGUUUCCCCAGCAACCGCAGAAGCUGGGGUAUCUGGGCUGCAUGUUUCUAAAGUUAAGAUGGACAUUAAGGGCCCUCAGCUGGAAGGUCCUGAGGCCAAAAUAAAGCUCCCAUCAGUGAAAGUGCCAACCAUUGACAUCGCUGUGCCCAAGGUCACACUCCCAGAUGUUCAGUUUCCAAUGAGUAAAGCGGAGGUCUCCGGGCCGGCGGAUGGGAAGGCACCAAAGGUGCCAGGGGUCGGGGAGCAACCUGACGGGUUCGACCUGAAGCUGAAAAUACCGAAAGUGUCACUGCCAAAGUUGUCGGCCGGCGGGAGAGAAGCGGAGGUGAGCGCCAAGGUGGACGCGGACGGAGAGGACACUAAGCUCAAGCAUCCCAUAAUAACCCUGCCCAAGUUUGAAAUCGCCGUACCCGGAAUGAAACCUGCAGAGGCAGAGACGGGACCUGGGGUGGAGGCUGAGGUCAAAGAUUCGGGAUUCACCGUGGGCAAACUGCCAAGCGUUAAGAUGCCCAGUAUUGACAUUUCUGCACCCAAGGUGAAGAUUCCAGAUGUUAACGUUCACCUUCCCUCAGGAAAAGCAGAGGGACUGACUGCUGCAGGUGGCGUCAAGGAUCCUAAAGUUGGGGUGGCCAGAACUGGUGACCAACCAUCCGAAUCGAGCUCAGAAGUGUUCGAUUUGCAGUUGAAAAUGCCGAAAGUCUCUCUGCCCUCAUUUGGGGCAUCAGCCAGCGAGAAAGAGGCAAAAGGUGAACCGAGCAGCCCUGAAGUCGGCGCUAAGAUGCCCACUAUUGACUUGUCAGUGCUCAAGGUCAAAGUACCUGAGGUCGACAUCGAUGUGCGCCUUCCGAAAGGAAAGGCAGAUGCUUCUGAAUUGGUCGCUGGAGAGGAUGCCAGCGUCAAGUCAACGAAGACCAGUGUAGCCAGCCACAUGCCUACAGCUGCCACAGAAGGACCUGAUGUCACAUUUCAAAUCCCAAAGGUAUCACUCCCAAAGUUUGAUAUUUCCCUCAAGAGCAAGGAGACUGGAGCAGACACUGGAAUGAAGGCAGCUGAGGAGACAGAUGGAGUGAAAAGCCCAGCACUUAAAAUGCCCAAAUUUGAAGUAGCUCUGCCCAAAAUGAGAUCAAGUGAAGCGGAGGUGUCUGGCCCAACAACUGAGGCCGAUAUCAAAAGAGAUACAAAGGGGAAAAUUGAAGUGGAGAGUGCAGAAGCAAAACUGAAACUGCCUUCAAUGAAAAUGCCGACAAUCGAUAUGUCGGCUCUUCAGGUUAAGGUCCCAGAAGUUGAUAUCAACCUACCGUCGGUGAAGUCACCUUUCUCUGCUGAAGAAAAUUCCAAAAUUGACAGCGGCGGUCAUCCUACUGGGGUUAAGAUCGAAGGACCCGAUGCUAAAGUGAAGAUGCCCAAAAUAUCACUCCCAAAAUUUGGCUCCAAGGGUAAGGAGGAGGUGGAGGGAGAUGGCAACAUGCCAAAAGUUGAGGUGAAAGUGCCCCAUGUCGAAGGCAAAGGUAAAGUUCAAUCUAAAGGGAAGGAUCUUGAUUCUGGUGUCAAAGGAGUUGAUGCAGAUGCAGAUAUCGAUGAUGGAAGGUUAAAGGGGAAAGAAGGUAGGUUUAAGAUGCCAAAGAUCAAGAUGCCUACCUUUGGAACUUCCAAAAAAUAUGAAGAGGACGUCGACAUCCCUGGACCAACUGGAAGGACCCCUGAAGUCAAGACCAAAACGGGAUCCAUGGACUCCGAAGCGGAAGGUUCAGCCGGCAAGCUGAAGAUGCCCAAAGUGCAGAUGCCCUCGAUUGCAAUCGCGGUGCCUGAGAUCAGGAGGCCAGGAGCAGAGGUUGAUGUUUCAGAAGCGGACCUGAAAACCUACGGGGGGGAGUUAAAGAUUCCAAAAGUGAAAGGUGACGUGGAGGCGGCCGAUCCGGAGGGAAAACAGAAGCUCCCGUCAGUGAAAAUGCCAGCAAUUGACAUCUCAGUGCCCAAAGUAAAGGCACCCGAAGUUGACCUCAGUUUCUCCAUGCCCAAGAUUGACACCACUGUCAGAGGGACUGAGGGCGAGGCCACUUUAAUAAGCUCUGAAGCCGACGAUGCAGCCUUCAGACUGAAGAUGCCCAAGCUGGGAUUGCCUAAGUUUGGGGUGUCUGGGUCAAAAGAUAAAGAACGAGGGGCUGACAUCUCCAGCUCAGGAGUAAGUGGGGAUUACCACGCGGAUGAUGCUGAUGGCAAGGGUAUGAGCUUCAAAGCUCGAAUGCCCAAGGUUGACAUUUCCCUCCCCAAAGUUAGACAAUCAGAUGCUGACAUCGAUAUGGAUGCUUCCCUGCUUGAGAUUGAAGGACCUGAAGCAGAGGAAAAAUUUAAGAUGCCUGGUUUUACAUUGCCAAAGAUCUCGCCACCAAAACUGAAAGCUCCCGAACUUGACAUUGACUUAAGUCUCUCCAAAGACAAGAGGCUUUCCAGUGGUUCCUCAGACCCCAAGGUUGACGCUGAGGUGUCAGGGGCUGAAUUUAAACUGAAGAUGCCUCAGGUGUCCUUGCCGACUUUUGGCUUAUCCGCCUCAGGGACUGGAACGAACUCGGAUGGCAGCCUCUCCACUGAGAAAGCUCAGCCAAAGGCGAAGGCAGAAGUUAAAACUCAAAUGGAGGGCGGAGAGGGACUGGAAGGGCAAGAGGACAAGAUAAUUGGGGGGAAGAUUAAAAUGCCCAAGUUUCGAAUGACAGCAUCAAAAGACAAGGCUGUAGAGGACUCAACCGAGGCCACGAAAGCUGAUGCCGAAACAGAAGGAGGCAAGUUGAAACUGAAACUACCAAAAUUUGGGAUCUCAUCAAAAUCCCCUGAGACGGAAGCUGACCUGGAGAUGGAAGGCUCGGACGGAAAGGCCAAAGAAUCCAAAUUGAAAAUGUCCAAGUUUGGCCUUUCUCUGGGCAAAGGCCAGAAAGCAGAGGUUGGAGAGUCUGGGCAGUCAGAGGGAGAUUCCCAAGGAGAUAAGUUCAAGGUUAAGAUUCCGUCUGUUACUAUCGCAACCCCAAAGGUGAAAGGGCCAGAUGUUGAUCUGGACGUCAGUUUCCCAAAAGCCAAGGACACUUCUGUCGACCGUGAAGCCAAAGAUGAAACGGGGAAGGGAAGGGAAGCACGGGUGAAAGGCGAAACCCCGGCCCCGGUUACAAUCUCCGACGGUUCAGAAUCCAGGUUUAAAAUGCCCAAGUUGACCAUGCCUGAUUUUGGGAUCCCUGGGAGCAGCAGGAAGGACGAGGACCGAACAGCGAAGGUCAAGGUUUCGGAUGUGGUAGUCCGAAGGUCGAAGGGUGAGGUAGAUAUUGAGGGUCCAGAGGUGGAGUCCGAGGGCAGGCUCCAGAUGUUGAAGGUGAACAUGCCCAAAGUCGAGAUUGGCUUGUCCAGAGACGAAUCAUCCGCGGGAAAAAAAACCGAGAUCAGAGCGGGUCAGAAGCCUGGUGGAGACGCCUUUGGUUCAGAAACAAUGUCCACCAAAGUUCCCUUUAAAAUGCCCAGCGUGGAGAUUUCAUCCCUUCACACCAGCGACGUAUCUGCCGGGGUAGAGACCAGAAGUGUCGGCAUUGAGCUGUCCCCGGCAGAGGGCACAGGGUGUCUUAAGGAGGCUGAUCCCAGUGCUCUUGAGCUGAAGAUGCCCAAGGUCACUUUGCCCUCCUUUGGAUCCUCCAAGGAAAAGGACCAAGAGGCAUCUGGAGAUAGUAGGAGCUCUGGAGCUAAAAUAGACAUUAAAGGUCCGCAGGUUCAGGGGGACACGGGAGACGUCCCGGAGGGAAUGUUGAGCAAGCUGAAAGAUAAAAUGUCGAAGGUUGGAGUGGAGCUCCCCAAAGUCACGCAGCAAGAGGAGGUGGGCUUGUCCACUGAGGCAAAGGGUCGGGAGGUCAGACAUAAGUCAGAGGUGGGGCUUGAGGGACCGGAUGCCGAAUUAAAAACCGACAAAACCAGGAGGCAAUUGUUCGGCUUUUCUGUGCCAAAACUCAAGAGUCCGGAAGGACACAUUGAAACCUCGUCUCCCAAGGCCAGGGACCGCAGCAGGUCUCCGGCUGCGAAGGGGGACCUUGGAGGAAUCCCGGCCGAGACCGACAGCGCAGAGGCCAAGCUGAGAGUGUCCAAGGUGAAGAAGCCCAGCUUCGGAAUCUCGUGGCCCAAGAGUAAAACGAUGGAGUUUAAUGGAAAUGGAGAGGCGGGUGACUCAACGACUCAAACUCCCCGUAAAAAGGGGACCAGAGCUGAGGAAGUGGAUGACCCGGACAGCUUGGAUGAAAAGCCGAAAAUGAAACUGAAAUUGCCAAAGGUUAGUUUCACACCUGUAAAAUCGUCCCCUGUUAAUAUAACGACUGAGUCACCGGGAGUUCACAUUAAUGGGGACGGUGAAGAGUCCGGAAGCCCAGGGAAGAUGAGCAGGAUAAAACUUCCAAAAGUAGAGUUCUCCUCGCCUUAUCAGAAGGUGAGGGAGAGUGACACCGAAUUAAGUCUCCAACUGGUCAAAACGGAGGUGUCCGCCUCCAAAGAUGAUGGUGGGCUCCGAGCUGAUCAAUCCUUCGACACCUCCUCUCCCAGAGUGAACAGAGGGGAAGUGAGGGGUUCCAAAAUUAAAGCGCCGAAAAUAACCUUCUCUGCAUUCAAAAAGAAAAACGGCGAAAGAGCGGGGUCCGACGAGGAGACCGAAAUGUCGAAUCUAGUGACAUCGACCGCCAGGACAGAGUUGGUGCUCCUGGAUUCAGGAGGGGACGCUGGUCACACUAAGUCUAAAAGCAUACUGGGCUUUACUUCAGGGAAGUCCAAAGAGCUGGGAACCUCGUCGGUCACGGGGAAGGAGCCCAAGCCGAAGGGAUGCCCAGGGGAUGAGUUAGACGGCAAAGACAAGUCGGCGAAAUUCAAGCUCCCAAAGUUGGCCCUCAGCGCCAAAUCCAACUCCCUGGAAUACGAAAACAACAUCCACUCGGAGGGGCAGCUGGAGAACGAGGGUGCAACGCGACACUUCAAACUACAGAUGCCCAAGGUGGGGUUCACAACGGUCUACCAGGAGGAGCACGCCUCGGAGGAGAAGAUCGUGGGGGACAUCAGCUCCGUGACUGUGUCAAAGGGCAAAAAACAGGUGAAAACUGGAACUCUGGCCGAUAAGUCGACCAGCAUUUAAGUGACGCCUAGGAGCAGUGGGAGGAGGGUCAGAGACCGGGCUGGUUUUUGGAUGGAUCGUGGCUUCCCCCACCCCCUACUUGGGCUCGGGUUUAACAACACUCCAGUGUGUUAGAACAUGGGCAGAAGAUGGUCUCCGUGUGCCCGAACUGACAGCUGAAACUGGACUGCCCAAUACUGUGCCUCCACUAACACGUUACAGGAGAGGUUGUAGAAGCAACUGCUGUGUGACUAACUCUUGUCAGCCACUCCCCUCACAGAUACAUGCCUCCCAUCCCUGCCAGCUCCCAACCCUGCUUAGGUUAGCCAUUUGUAGCAAUCAAAAUAUUAUGGUCUUAAUAUGUUAAACGUGGAUUAAAAAAUACUCGAGUGAGCUUUUAUCUAAUGAGUGGAAGAUACACAGUCGCUUGUUUCUUUUUGGUGGCGGCGAGAGACAUCGGUGAGCAUCGUCUUGAGGGAGAAUUAGACAAGAGGGAGUCCCACACAGCAAGGGAAUUGAAGUGAUUUUGCAGUGAAACAGGGUGAAUGGAUCUGGUGAAGUAAUUGGAGGUGAAUGGAUCCUAUGAGGUGAUGAAGAGUGAAUAGAUCCCACAAGGUAAUUGGGGAUGAAUGGGUCCCAUAGUGAUCCAUAGGCUGACUGGACACUGUGACUCUGGCCUAUUGGGGUGCCUUCACCUUUGCCCAUUCCAGUGCUAUCUUAAGGCAUCCUGUCUCAAUGAAUUUAUUAACUAGUAAUGAUGCCUUGUCCUAAAUGUUGCUGCAGUGAGAUCAGUGGGCAGGAGCUGCCAGGAGGGCAGGAUUGUGCAGGGAGGGAGGCCAACAAAUGCAUCCACGUCCACCAAUAACAGGGCAACAGUAGGGCUCACAGGAGUUCGUGCGGGACCUGAGUGAGAAAAUCGAACAUGCUAAUGAUUCUCGUCUUGUAAAGUUCAUCUGACUCCCGCUUUUAGGACAUUUUCAGUGUGUGUAAGGUUAGCUUCAAGCUUACUGAGGAAAUAGUCAAUCCAGAGUAGAGAAGCUUUCUCCUUGAGCUCAUUAUUGGUCAAUGGAGGCCCAUCUCUAUCAAUGCCCCAUUCCUACUGCUUCGACACUUGGGACAUUGGGACAACCAUGGGUGAGCCAAGCAGUGGGUUCCUGUUGUGUUCUGCUGGUGUUACUGAGGAUAAAUUAAGCGUCAAACUCCUGCUGAACUGUCGGCAAAAUCUAACGUGAACUCACCACAUUUUUGAAAACACAUCGGAGCUUUGGUCGGGGGGCAGAGAAGGUUUACUCUGUUGGUAGUGAAGGAGAGGGAUCUGGGUUAUGUGGAGAGAUUGGAGAAGUUGAGGUAUUCCUCUGAGGGGACAGCGGUUAAGGGGGAAACUCCUAUAAGUGAGGAGUUAAGACAAGGAGGGAGAAGCCAUCUCCUUGGACACCAGAGGUCAUAGGUUCAAGUGAGAGGAAAGCAGGUGGUUUCCACAGAAAUGUUUAUGAUCUGGAACACACUUCCAGUGAGGCUGCUGGAACUGGAUCCCAUAGGAACAUUCUAAAGAUGAGCAGCCAUGUCUUUGAAGAGGAGAAAUUUACAAUGUUGCAGCAAAAUGGGUAGAUCGGGGUGAAACAGGACAACGUCGUCAAGGAGCCAAUACAGGUAUCAUUGGUUACUUGUAGGAAUCGACAAGUAAUUGAUAAAUACAAUACUGCAGAUGCUGGAAAUCUGAAAUAAAAACAGAAAAUGCUGGAAAUGUGCAGCAAGUCGGGCAGCUUCUGUGGAGAGAGAGCCAGAGUUAACGUAUCAGGUCAAUGACCUUACAUCAGUUAGAAACACAGAACAUAGAACAGAACAGUACAGCACAGGAACAGGCCCUUUGGCCCACGAUGUUGUGCUGAACUAAUUAAGCUAAUGAUGCCUAAUUAAACUAAUCCCUUCUGCCUGCACAAGGUCCACAUCCCUCCAUUCUCUGCACAUUCAUGUGCUUAUCAAAGAGCCUCUUGAACAUCUCUAUUGUAUCUGCCUCCACCACCACCCCUGGCAGUGUGUUCCAGGCACCCACCACUCUCUGUGUAAAAGAAAGCCACCCCACACAUCUCUUUUGAAGUUUCCCCUCUCACCUUAAAUGGAUGCCCUCUGGUAUUAGACAUUUCCACCCUGGGCGAAAGAUACCAGCUGUCUAUGCCUCUCAUAAUCUUAUAAACUUCUAUCAGGUCUCCCCUCAGCCGCCACUGCUCCAGAGAAAACAACCCAAGUUUGUCCAACCUCUAACAUUGACUCUGGUUCUCUCUCCACACUUGCUGCUUGAUGGCAGUUUCUGUGUUUAUUCCAUGAUUUUACCUCCUCAGUCCAGCCUACAAUGGCAGGUCACAGAACUGGGUGAAUUUACAACUGACAGGUUCACAACCCACAUCAAGAUGUGGUAGUUCAAAUGAGGAGCUGAAGGAGUCACUGACAAAUUUGUCCUCAGUCACACAGGAACACCAGUAAAUAGGAGCGGGAGCCUCCCUUGCAAUUCAAUAUGAUCAUAGCUGAUCAGCCCCUGGCCUUUAGUAUCAUAACCACUAAAUGCAACAAGAUAGUACAGGGUGCACGCAGAGUUCCAACAAAGCAAUGGAGCCAAAUGUCAAAAGCAGAGUUCAACAUGUCACAUCUGCUGGGUUGUGCAUUGAACUCACGUGACCAAGAAUGAAUUUCUACCCCAAAAACAUAAAUUCUACGUUUGAAUUAAGUCAUGCUGGGGUUGACAGCUAUAAAAUUAUUUCAUUGUAGGAUAUGCACAGCUAGAAAUGGAUUAACUCGUCAAGGCUUGGUGGUGAACAAAGGGUUACAUAUGUUAGGAUAGGUGACAAACAGUGAUUUAAAUCGGUCAGGGCUGCUGGUGAGUAAAAGUGAUCCUAUAGACCUCAAUCCUACCAGCUUCAUAGCAAAUUUUAAUUCUUAGCUUACUUUGAAACAGUGUUCAUGAGCAUCACUUCCCAGGAGCCAGAUGUUUAGAACUAACAGAUACUGGAGUAACGCACUAAAGCAGUUCCUACACUGACUGUCCGGAGAGAAUGAAGGAUUUACUUUGGAGAACACAGCAACUUGCAGUGUUCUCUCCUGCAAAUUCACCGACAUUUCUGCUUUUAAUACUUUCUGUGCAAAAGAAAAUUAACCACUUUUUAAGUAUUGGAAUUCUUUAAGUGCCUUCUUAUAGAUAUGUUCCAGCCAGUUGCUUAAGAGAUAUUUAAUUCUCCAAGCUUAAAUAUGUGGCCAUUUCCAGAUGUGAGUUCAUGUUUCCAGAUGUGACAUCACAUUGUUUGUUUUGCUUCAGAUGGGAGGAAAUGUAGCAGAGGAGGUUAUGUCUAUAAAUUGGUUUACACACACACACACACACACACACACACACACACACACACACACACACACACACACACACACACACACACACACAGAGCUCCGACACCAGCUCCUCCAUACACACACACAUAUACACAAAACCUAUCCCACUCUCAGAUACCAGCUCCCCACAUACCCAGACACACACACACACACUUUCAUUUUUCUCUCUCCCAUUCUCUCUCUCAUUCUCUCUUUUACAUCCUCUCCUUCUUUCCCACAUUCUCUCUCUCUCUUUCUCUCUCCCCCUUUCUCUCUCCCUCUGUCUCUCCACCACACUCUCCCCCAGUCCCAUUAUCAAGUGCAGGCUUCCCCAUUACUAGUAACACACAGUCCUUUUCACCUGCAGCUCCUACUGGAACACAAGAGUUGGAGCCAGCAGGUAUUUGUAAUCUGGCUGCUUUGUUUUCUGUUCUUGUUAUUUUACAGAUCCUACAAUAUUGCAUAUGAUCACCGCAAGCCAUGAUAUACAAUUGUCAUCCAAUGCUGUGCCAAUUUCAUUAUAAUUUUCAAUGCUCGGACACUGUACACAUUCUUUCAUUAACAACAUUUUUUUUACUUUAGAUUCACCUUCAUAUCGCCAGACAUGACUACAGACAUCUUUAUGUUUAUUUCCCCAUGCUAGUAACAGUUUUGAAAAUAAGCUACUUAAUAAAAUCUUGAGUUGAGAAGGCAGCUGUGUCGAUAUGACUGUGGAGAAUUAAAUAUCUCUUGAUCCCAUCUUCUGGGAUACUUUUGAAUUUGUGAUUGUAACAUGUAAGCUUUGUGUGGAAUAUAUUUUUAAUGAAUAACUUUAACCAUGGAUGGUAAUAAA